UGGUUCUUCCUCUUUCUUUUGUUGUUUGCUCAGUUGAACUUUUCAGUUUGUUCAUCUAUCUUGGAAAGUCUUACAGAAAAUAAAAACAAGUCUUGAAUUGCUUUUGGCAUAAUGUUAUUUAGUUUGUUCAUACUACUAUUUAAGAAAUGUUUCUAAAUGAGCUGCUAGUGUCUUUUCACUUUCUCGUUGUGGCUUUGAAUUGCUUUUGGCAUAAUUCUAUGUCCAAAACAAUAAGUCUUGAAUCCCUAUGACUACAUUUGAUUUUCUAGUUUGAUCACUAGACUCUUCUACACAGUUUCGUGGAACAUGAAAACUUCUACCUACCCGACUUGCUCUGAAAAACUUUUGCAGGCGUUCGAUUAGCUCUGUUCAUUGCUUAAUGAUUGCUCGGUUUCAUAAUCUGUUCAUUUGACGCUGGAAGCAGAAGUUGAGUGCAGAAAUGGACCAGAAAACCAGCAGAAGGAAGAAGUUUCUCUUCCCAAAAGUUCUUGGUACAAAAGAUGGGAAUUCCUCGCCAAGACGUAGUACAAAGUACUCGAUCAACUCUACAGUUGAUUUGAAAGAGUCUCCAGCACGGUCACCAGUGGAUUCCCCGUCAGCAUCAUCCUCAACCUUCUUCAAAAGUCUUUCGGAAAGUAGAAGUCUAAAGUUCAGCAGUUUCAGUUCUCCUGCAACAACCAGUAGUACCCAUAUCGAGGCUUUCAGGGUAUUUGCAGCCACAUGGAAUGUAGCUGGAAAAACCCCAGACAAGGGUCUGAAUCUGAAUGAUUUCCUGCCUUCCGAUGACUACUCAGACAUUUAUGUGUUAGGGUAUGCAGUAUGCACAGCUUUAAACAACACAAAAUAGCAUAAUGGUUUAGUUUCUAUCAGAUAGAGAUUUCAUUGUCAUUUUCGUAAUCACAACUAUAAACACCACAGCAUCGACACGUUUCUUUUGGGCUUAAUUCGUUGUCAUCUUCAUCCCCUGCACCACAAGAGAUUUCAGCACAUUUAUUGCUCUUGAGCUGCCUAUCAUGCAAAUCAAUGACAACUUUGUUUCUUGUGGUGUUCUUGCAAACCUAAGGUCCUAUUCUACUGACAACCAUCUCGCAACUAACGCUGUCAGUUGUCAACUUAUUAAGCUACUUUUUUUAAAUUGUAACCGG